AUGUCGUGCAAGCGUGCAGCUCGUGCCCCGUUCCUCGCCACCUCGACUUGCCACCUCCGCACGGGCAUAAAGUACGAGUGCAUGGACGGCGCGGCCGCCUCCUCGCAGGUGCAGCCUGGGCUGCCCGUGGCCGGCAUACCUACAGCCCCGCUAGCGGAGGUUCAAGUGCUGAGAAAAUCCAGCUCGUACCUCCACGGGCAGCGACAGCAGCGGCACGACCAGGCAAACGGCACGGUUGAGGAGCUGCAGCAGCAGGAUUACCAGCAGCAGCAGCAGCAGCAGCAGCAGCAACAGCAGCAGCAGCAGCAAGAGCCAGAGCAAGGGGUGCAGCCAGGACAGCAGGAGGAGCAGGAGCAGCCCGGCGAGGCCGUCUCCCUUGCCGGCCGCGGCGCGGGGUUUCGUGCUCAGGCCAGGGCGCUGUAUAGCAAGAACGCUGUGUACCAGCGGCGCAACUGGUGCAGCAACUGCUGCCUGCUGUCGGCGCCUAUAUUCUUCUGCCUGCUGCUCUUUGGGAUUCAGAUUGCCAUCAACAAGCUGCUGCUGACGGGGGAUGACUACGCGUGCGGCUGCAAAUGCACCAAGUGCUGCUACCAGGGGGACCCCUCCAACUGCACCGCCGUCAACAUGGGCACCUGCGCGUACGACUGCCUGGAAAAGUCCACCACAGAGUGCGGCAUACAGUACUCGAGCCCACGCCAGUCCUUCUUCUGCGCGAUACCGCACCCCUCUUCGUGGCCCGGGGUGCUGCAGGUGCCCCUGCAGGACAACCGCGCGCUGCCGUGGCGCCCCGAGCCCGCGCUGCUGUACACCGGCCAGGACCGCGCCACCGCAGACGCGCUCGCCGCCAACCUGCUGCCGCCGCCCUCCGCCACCGCGGCCAACCUGCUGGCGGUGCGGUCCUACCUGACCCAGUGGAACGAGACCAGCGGCGGCCAGGGGUCGGCCGUCCCCGGGGAGGUGCUGUCGCUGCUGGGGCUCACGCUGGGCACGAGCGCCAGGGUGUUUGCGGGGCUCUACAUUGAGUCGGCGCUCAUGAGGGAGCAGGUGGGCGGGCAGGCGGCUGGGCGCGGGCGUGAGCCCGGGCGCGUGAUUUUGGAGGCGCGGGCCGGGCUUGGGCCUGCAACUCGUGCAGUUGUGCUGGUGCGUUUGUAG